AUGAGUGAUAGAAGGAGUCGUAAUGCACCUCGCGGAGUGAGUGAUGAUAGAGUCAGAGGGGUAGUAAAGUGGUUUAACGUUAAAGCUGGCUACGGCUUCAUAACACGGGCUGACACAUCAACUGACAUCUUUGUUCAUCAGACAGCUAUUUCGCGAAAUAACCCUGGAAAGAUGCAGCGGUCAUUACAAGAAAACGAGGAAGUUGAAUUUUUUGUGGUUGAAGGCGAUAAAGGAGUAGAAGCAUCCGAUGUUACUGGUCCCGAUAGGAAACCGGUUAAGGGGAGUGACUACGCAGCCAAUCGUCCAUUCGGACGCAGUCCCAGAGAAUUUGGCAUGCGAAGUGAUAGGGAUGAUUCCAAUGGCUACAGAAGCAACGGUUUUGGAAAUUACCGUUCCAGAGGCCAAGGUCGUAACGGAACAAAGAUGGAUGGUGAUUACUCACGAAGAUUUGCUGACAGAAAUCCACGUGAUCGUAGCAGAGGAUACGGCUCAAAAGACAAUGGAGGCUACUAUUCCAGCCCAUAUUAA